AUGCAAAACUACAAAGUCACCCACCUGUCCCCCGGGCAGACCUUCACCAGACCUGCCGUCCUCGUGAACCCACUGCUCAACAAAGAACGGGAAUGGCCAUUCCGCGACCUCUCGCACGUUGAAGCCUUCCACAAGACUCUGCCAGACUACAACCAGACACGGCUUCAUAGUCUUCCCUCUUUGGCCGCAGAGCUAGGCAUAGGCAACGUCUUUCUUAAAGACGAGUCGAACCGCUUCGGACUGCCGGCAUUCAAGGUCCUGGGAGCUUCUUGGGCGGUACACAAGGCGGUCUGCCAGAAGAUCGAUAUCGAUCCCGAGAAUACGUCUGUCACGGAGGCCACCGAUAUUCUGGAGCGAGAUGGGACCAAAAUCGAGCUCAUCACCUGCACAGCCGGAAAUUGGGGCAGAGCAGUCGCUCGCAUAGCCCACUACCUCCGCGUGAAAGCACGAGUCUACGUACCAGGCUACACCAGCGAAUCGACCAAAGACGCGAUCUCCAACGAAGGCGCAGAACUGGUGGUGGAUUCGGGCAGCACCUACGACGAAGCACUCACAUCCGCGCAGCGAGACGCUGAAGCCUCUGGCGCUCUGCUGGUUCAGGAUGUUAGCUGGGAAGGCUAUGAAGAUAUCCCUGCAUGGGCGUGUCAGGGCUACGAUACCAUGCUUCAGGAAGCUGAUCGGCAGGCCUCCGAUGCUACGGGAGGGAAGAAGCCGAAUGUUGUCAUUGCAUCUGUUGGCGGCGGAUUGUGGGCACAAGCCGUGGUGGCGCACUACAAAGGCGUUGAUACGAGUAACAUCAUCGUCACAGCAGAAGCAGACACAGCCACCGGGUUCAAAGAGUCCCUGCACUGCGGCGAGAACACGGGCGUGCAGAGCGGCGUGACGAUCAUGGAGGGCAUGAACUCUGGGUUGACGAUCGAGUCGGUAUGGCCCACGCUACGGGAUGGGACGGAUGUUGCGGUGGCGGUGACGGAUCGGGAGGCGCAUGAGAGUGUCGAGUUCCUUCAAGGGCAGGGAAUCAAUGCUGGGCCUUGUGGCGGGGCGACGCUGGCGGCGCUGAGGAAGGCGGUGGAGGCCGAGGCGGUGGGGGAGAGGGGCCAGAUGGUUGUGGUGUUAUUUAGUACGGAGGGAGGGAGGGAGUAUGAGGAGUUAGAGGAUUGA